CAAGACGCCCGUUCUGGGGAACUAGAGGCCACUCGCCUGCUCCGGCCGGCCCCUCCCCCAUUUCCAUGGCUCCAGCACAAACUACUUCAGAGACCUCUGAACCCCAGUGCUGAGGGAAGGGACCCUGAGGGGAGCUAGACGCCAGCAUCUUCCUGGUCCACCCCUCCCCCAGGCAGCUUGGGCCGCACUCAGGAUAGGUCAGAAUACCCCCAUCCCACUUCCGGGAGGGGUCAUCUAUCUUAGUUUCUUUUUGUUUUUUGGCUGCGCCCCGAGGCUUGUGGUAGUGGGAUCUUAGCUCCCCGACCCGGGAUCAAACCCAGACCCUCGGCAGUGAAAGCACAGAGUCCUAACCACUGGACCGCCAGGGAAUUCCCGGGGUCAUCUAUCAAAUCUCAGCCAGGGUGCAGGGACUAGGGACCAGGUCGGCCUUGUGCCCAGCAGGGUCCCCAGCACCCAGCUCAAGGGCAGAGGGCCCCCAAAAUGUUGAAAGACAGGAACAGAGGCUUGGGGUUCAGGCUGGCGGUGUGAGGGCCCGGAGUGUGUGCGGAGCAAACAUGCACACAGAGAGUAGGCAAAGCGAUGACAGGAAGAGGCACGGGGCGGGGCUGGAAAGUUUUGGCCUGGAGAGGUGGGAGGAGUGUCCUGUUCUCCCUCCUCCUGGGGCAGCUCCACCCGCCCUGGUGGCCCAGCCCAUCCACUUGUGCCAAGGAAUGUGCCUGGGAGAGGCAGCCUGGGAGGCGGGCGGGCGGGGCAGCAAAGCUGCGGCCACCCGGAGGCAGCACACAGGUCAACGUGGAGGUGCCGGGCCACCAUGCUCAGUCUCAAGCUGCCCCAACUCCUUCGCGUCCACCAGGUCCCCAGGGUGUUCUGGGAAGAUGGUAUCAUGUCUGGCUACCGCCGCCCCACCAGCUCGGCCUUGGACUGUGUCCUCAGCUCCUUCCAGAUGACCAACGAGACCGUCAACAUCUGGACUCACUUCCUGCCCACUUGGUGAGGGAGGCUCUGUCCCAGGCUUGGGCGUCGAGCUCAAGGGGGUACUCAGGCGGACCGGGACCGUCCGGGCCCGCGGGCAGCACUGGGAGUCGCUGGGGGUCCGGUGGCCUGAGCACAUGCCUGCCGCAGGUACUUCCUGUGGCGCCUCCUGGCGCUGGCGGGAGGCCAGGGCUUCCGGUCGGAGCCCUACCACUGGCCGCUGCUCGUCUUCCUGCUGCCCGCCUGCCUCUACCCGUUUGCGUCGUGCUGCGCGCACACCUUCAGCUCCAUGUCACCCCGCGCGCGUCACAUCUGCUACUUCCUGGACUACGGCGCGCUCAGCCUCUACAGCCUGGGUUCCCAGAGCUAGAAAGCCCUGCGCUCAGUAAGAUCCUCCGCACGGCUGCCUUCACCUAUCCCUUUCUGUUCGACAACCUCCCGCUCUUCUAUCGGCUCGGACUGUGCUGGGGCAGGGGCCACAGCUGUGGGCAGGAGGCACUGAGCACCAGCCACGGCUACCACCUCUUCUGCGCGUUGCUCACUGGCUUCCUCUUUGCCUCCCACCUGCCUGAGCGGCUGGCACCAGGACGCUUUGAUUACAUCGGCCACAGCCACCAGCUAUUCCACAUCUGUGCAGUGCUGGGCACACACUUCCAGCUGGAGGCGGUGCUGGCUGAUAUGGGAUCUCGCCGAGCCUGGCUGGCCAUGCAGGAACCGCCGCUGGGCCUGGCGGGCACAGUGGCCACACUGGGCUUGGCAGUGGCUGGGAACCUGCUCAUCAUUGCUGCUUUCACAGCUUCCCUAUUUCAGGCUCCCAGUACGUGCCCCCUGUUGCAGGGUGGCCCGCUGGAGAGGAAUACAAAGGCCAAACUACAGUGAGGCCCCAGCUCUGAGCCUGCCCUGGAGGGAAGCAGAGGCCAGGUGCCCCCCCCCCCGCCCCCACCCCCGUGCUGGGGAGGAGCCCAGACCCAGGCCUGAUAAGACAGGGGCACUUCUGAGCCUGGAACCAAGAGGAGUGGCUGAGGAGAGAGUGCGGAGAUCAGAAGGCAGAGGAGAGGAGAGGGGCUGGGAGGCUGGCAGAGAGUGAGUAGGAGGGUCAGGGAGGGUGCUCUUGAUGGGGCUGGGGGAAGUGCUGAGGGUCUGAGAGGGGAGGUGCGUGUGUCCAGGCUGGAGCUGCCCCACCUGCCAUUGAAGGCUGGGAUGGGGAGGUGUUGGGCCCUUUCAUCUGGUCCCAUCUCUGGUGCUCCUGGAGUUUCUGCUCAGCCCAGGCAAGAACUAACAUGACUAACCCAGGCCCAUCCUGAAUGCUUAUUAACCAGGCCAGGAGGCCCGCUACUGCCCCCACCCCCAAACCAGGCAGUACCAUCUACCGGAAGCUCUUUGCCUAUGGCGAUGAGGCUGUCUGUCCUGGUCACAGCCGUGUACUCCAGGCGUCCAGGCCUUUGGGAUCUGGUCUAUUUGGGUGUGUCACGGAUGGGGCAGUGGGUUGAGGUGGGGGAGGGUGCUGGGCUAGAGAGGAGAACCCUAUUUAGACUUUAGGAAGCCACCUUCAAUGCUUCUGGACUGAGGCAGGGAUAAAUAAAUAACUCAACAACA